UGCAAAUGUUGCGACGGUGUACAAUUGGUAACCCACGUCCCUCCUCUCUAUCGUGCGGCAAUGGCUGAAAAAGGAUGCAGUAAAGACUUUUACGUUCGUUAUUACUCAGGACAUUAUGGUCGUUUUGGACACGAAUUUUUAGAAUUUGACUUUCACCACGACGGUCUUGCGCGUUACGCAAAUAAUUCAAACUAUCGAAAUGAUUCGUUGAUCCGGAAAGAAAUGUUUGUCAGUCCACUUGUUCUCCAAGAAGUUCAAAGAAUUAUUGAAGAGAGUGAAAUUGCAAAUGAAUCCGAUAAGCUUUGGCCUCCUAAAAAUAAAGAUGGAAAGCAAGAGCUUGAAAUUGUUAUGAAUGGAAAAAGCUACAUGUUUGAGACAUGCAAAAUUGGAAGUCUUGCCGAUGUUCAAAAUAGUGAGGAUCCCGAAGGUCUUCGUGUCUUUUAUUAUCUGGUACAGGAUUUGAAAGCCUUGUUGUUUAGCUUAACGUCCCUCCAUUUUAAGUUGAAACCGGUUAGAAAUUGAUGUAUAUUAAUAUGCUGGAAAAAGUCUAGUUGAUUGUAGUCAAAGUAAUGCAUGACUUUGGCCUGGAAUCUUAUGUAAGCGUGAUUGUUUUGUUGUUAUUUCGUGUCGAUAAAAUGUUUAAUGGAGU